AUGUCCUCCACGCCCGGCUACCAGAUCGUCAGCACGCCCACGGCGCCCAAGGCCAUUGGGCCGUACAGCCAAGCAACGGUGCACAAUGGUGUUGCUUACCUCUCCGGCUGCAUCCCCCUUGUUCCUUCCACCAUGGAGAUCAUCGAGGGUGGCAUCGAGGCCCAGACGCAGCAGGCAAUGGACAACCUCUUUGAAGUCAUCAAGGCUGCCGGCAGCGACAAGAGCCACAUUCUCAAGAUGACUGUCUUCCUCAAGGACAUGGGUCACUUUGCAAAGGUCAACGAGGUCUACGAAAAGAACUUUGGCCCCUUCAAGCCUGCCCGCUCCGCCGUCGAGGUGGCCAGGCUUCCUCGCGAUGUCCUUGUUGAGAUGGAGUGCAUCGCUGCUGUCAAGGCUUAA